CCGUCACUCAGGAAAGAAGGAUUUUAUUGGUAAACAAAGAAUCCAGGUAACACCAAACAUACCGCAGUCUGUAAGCUAAUCCAGAAAUGAGUAUAAAUUUCAUUCACAAUUACAGCUGUUAUCUAAAUAGAAUUGAAAUUAGAUCUCUACAAAACACCCUGGAGACUAGUUCCAGAAAAGUGAUUUUAACCAUCAAACAGCUUUGUCACAAGAAGAAACUGAGAAGGAGAACUCCGAAUCUUUUUAUUGAAAUAUUUGAGGCAAUGGAGCAUAGGAAAAAAAGAAGGCACUUCCAGGAGUACGGAUACAUCUCUUUUACAAACAAAUUAAAAGGCAGCAAACUAACGGAAACAGUUUAACCCUCCCACUUAUGUAUGUGCUAGAUGCCUUCUUCAACACCUAGAAUCUAGUCUGCGCUAGCCCUCUUCUUGGUGGUGUAGGGAUAGUACUCCUUGCCAUUAUCGAUUCUGGUGGUUUGACCUCCGAUGUCAAUUACAGAAGAAGUAAAUGCAAGGGCAGCUCCUGCAGAGAGUGCUGUAGAGAUGCUUUUCCCUGUGGAAAGUAAACAUUACAUCAACAGGGGGUGUGUCCAAACACAAUACCAGCUACUCAUAGUUGCUUCAGAGAGGAGUGGUCCUGUAACCUAGAACUGUCCGUUCUCACAUUUAAGUACCAAGGUCAAAUUGCAUUAAAGGGAGGGCUUCCAUUUAACAUUACGCACAAGUAAGCUCCAUCCAAAUGGCUUAGAGGUUUCAGGCUAGACAGACGUCAUUUAUAAAAGUGAUGACCCAAUUACAUGCUUGAUUUAAAACAGAAGACCCUUUACAAGUAUACAGUGUGGGAAAGUUUCUAAGACAGUCAUGUUUAUUGUCGUCAGUCAUUGUCACACAAUGCCUUUGACUCUAGACUGCAAGGAUCUCAGGAGAAGAAAUGAUUUCUGAAAUUAAUGUUUCAGAAUGUAGGCUAGAUCACAUAGUUUUUUAAGUCAUCGAACUAUUACAAAUGUCAAUAGAAGGCACAGGAGCAUGCAAUCAAGGAUGAAAGACAGGAAGAGCAGAGGCAAAAAGUACUCAGAUACUUAAUAGCAAAACAUUCAACACAAGCAAUAAGUGUCAUUUUCUUCAGCAUCAUUAACGAGUGUUCUAUCAUCAGUAUUAUGCAUAUCGACCCUACAAAACAAUAUGACGUUGUUGGCAAUCCUACAACAAGGAGUAAUUCAUUUAAGCUCUCAGGCAAUUGCAUCUUCAAAAAAUCAAUCAAUAAAACAACAAACUGUAAGCGCAUAUCUUUCUCCACAUAGUGUACAAUAAAACAUCCAGCAGACUAUCUCUUAAGCGAGGAUAGUUUGAAAGGAAGUUUACCUUUAUAACCCAAAACAGUAGCACCUGCUGCAAAACCGCCAACAGCUCCAUUGAUGAAGUCUCUCUUCAUCCUAAAAUUUUGCGUCAGUUGUUCGACACCAAUAUAGACUCCACCAAUUGCAGCAAAAGUCAAUCCAUGGUUUCCCAUCAUCUUUAGUGUCCGAAUCAAGCCAGGGAGUGCAACUCUUCUCUCAACACGAGGUACAUCGUGCCAAGUGGCAACAAUAGUUCCAAAUAUAGUUCCGGUCACAAGCCCAUAGGUUGCCCCCUUGAUAGUUUUCAUGAUAGGAGUAUCUUUAUCUUCCACAUAUCUCAGCUCUGUAGGGUCCAUAUCUUACCCUAACUGACCACAAAAACCAAGACCUACCAUCAGUUUAGCUUACUAAAGAAAUACAUUCCUAACUCGAAGUAUGCAAUGGAGAUGACAGCUCGAAACUAGUCGUAAGAACUUAAACAGAAAAUGAAUAUCUGGUACAGUUUUACAUUUCUCUUACAUACCAAACAAUAAGCAGUAUUAACAGGCAACAACACAAGGUACCACAUGUAAUUGAUCGGAUAUACCAGAAGGAGAAAACAGAACCUUGUUUUUAAGGACUUGUGACCUAUUUAGAUCAUACACAGUGCAAAAGAAGAAGAGAUCCUCAAAUGAUAGCCCCCCAUUAAUACAAGACAUUCAACCAGCAAAUUCAUAGAGAAUUCCGCAUCCAAACCCAAACCUCCAAAUGAUAAAUCAAAACAUAGAAUCAUUUUAACCAUUGGAAUCCUUUAGCCAGCAUCUUCCUGAUCCUAAAAAUCUCAAUACCCACCCAUAAAACCCGGUAUUCAUUAGCAUUUCCAGGAAGUAUACAUACAAUGGCAUAGAACAAAACAAAUCCAUACAAACUUAAGAGCGAAAAGUUGGAAGAAAAAGAAGAAAUAAAAAAUACAAUCCAUCAAAUUAAGAGAGGAUCAGACAACAACUACGUAUUAAAAUUAUCGAAUGACCAGAAAAAUCAUAAACCUAAUUGUCAACGUGUUCGACUAUAACAAACAGAACGGAAUAAUUCGAACGUCUUUAAACCCUAGACCAAGAAUAUCCAUCUCCAACAACAUGUCGCUUCUGAAUAUGCAUCGGAAUAAAAUAAAAAUAAAAUCCCGCAAUGAAAAUGAACGAAUUCUACGAAAUGACGAGUAACUACUAAGCCUUAACAUCAUAGGAAACGAAAGAAGAACAAUUACCAGGUGGGUCAGUUGAUCUGUUCUUGCUGUAUCAGAGAAGAGAGAGAGUAAACGACAGUGGAGAGAGAGAGAGAGACGAGCUGAGAGAGUGUUAGUAUCGGAAUGAUGGGCUUUAUAAAUGGGCCACUUGAUGCUUUAAUUAUUUUUAGGCCGAAACUCUAAAAAGAAGCAUAAAGCAAUUUAGAACUAUGGGCCUUAUAGCCCAAAAGUCUCUCUGUAGUCUCUCCGUUCGCUUGGCGGCUGGCGCCACCGACUCCACCUCCGGUGGAGAGAAGACGUUCAAUUCUGCGAGUUUUGACUCCCAAAAAUCAAAGGAUCGCUGGAUUUACAUGCAACUGAUAGUGGGUUGACUCGAGUCAUUCUCUCUGAUAGCUGAUAACAGUUUUGAAGCCAUUAUGUUUGGGAGGAAUCAAAUAGAAGAUGUCCGGUGGUUGUGCUCCUUAUCAGAAACAGAACUUCAGUCAUGUCCCCAGGAUAUGCUGAUUUGGAUGAAAAGGAUGGUGCUUCAUCGAGCCGAGAUAAUUGGCCAUAAAUCUUUGGCACAGGAAUUUGAUUUGAGGACUCUACGAAGCCUAAGUAUGUGAUUUCUUUAUCUAACAUGCCUCAGAAUAUUCAUCUGUGGUUGUUGUCCUUUUCUUGAUACAUUGACAGUUUGACACUGUAUUUAUUUUUCGAAUAUUGGCCAUAAAUCUUUGGCAUGUGAUUUCUGUGUUUAUUAUAUUUGUAAGAGGUUCAAUAUCUAUGAUGGAAAUUUAGCAUUUUGUCUUCUGAGUGAGGCCUGGGUAAAGCAUGUAUGUAGUUGGUAAAUAUGCUGAUGAUGAAACUCAUAUGGUCCCCUUUCGGGCUUGGGGUUUAGCAAUGCCUUGAUGGCUGUGUCAAUAUAUGGGACUUUGUGCUGUCUAUUUAUUGGUUAGUGCACCACCAGCCAUGAACAGAUCAUUUAAAUACAUCUGUAGAGUCAUGUACUCUUGCAUAAGUUACACCUAAUAAUGUAUUCAACCAAAUGUCUACACCUUGAAAUUAAGAAUUGAGUUUUGUGAAAAACCUUGAGAGUUUCUUGUCAAGACCUAUAUUAGGUGGUGAAUGAGAUUAUAUAGAUUUUUAUGGGGGUUAAAUCUCUUAGAACUCUUGAAUGGCAUUUUGGUUUUCAGAUCUUAUUCUGGGUUCUGUAUGACCAUCAGAUUAUUUACUUGGACAUUGCAGUAACUUCUCCUCAUAUGCGAUUGAGUGAUAUCUUCAUGUUCAUGAGUCUUCGUGCAGGUUUAACCAUGAUGAAACAUCUCAUGGAUCACCUUAGGGAUUUGAGGGUUCAUCCAAGCUAUGCCGAAGCCAUGAGAGGCUUAGGUGGAUCCAAUUUGUCAAGAUCUCAUGUCAAUAGUGAUUUUUCCUCAAUGAGCCCAGAGGAAUUGUGGGCAUACAUAUGCCCUGAGAAGAAAAAGAGAAUCGCGGAGAUGUAAGAAAUUUAACGCUUUUAGUGUGAAUUUUGUGACUUACUGUGAUGUUGCCCUUCAUAAUUCUUCUUUCUUGUUAUUUGGCAUGAAUCUUUCUUCUAGAAAUUGUCUGAGUGGCUUUUAAUUUAUAUUAUUGGUGUAUUGCUUGAGUAUAAUCCAUUUAAGCCCUUAUAUUAUUUUAUACCUAUUGAAAUCUGGACGAAAAGUAAUUGACAUUAGUUCAUUUGUAGCCAAAUCACUGAAAGACUUGAUAUGUUAACUAUGAAUUUGUUAACGCAGAAGACUUCUGUUAUAUUAAUGAAAGGAAAUUAGCUUUUCAAUUUGUUAGGACUUCUUCACGGACUUUGUAUAGCCAAUAAUUGUUUGCAGUUGAAGCCGGGUAGCUUUUUCAAGCAGAUAUUUCUUGCAUGUUUCUGCAUUUCUGGUUCCGUUAGUGACUAUGUUUCUGCAUUUCUGGUUCCUUUAGUGACCUUUCUACCACCACCCAGCAAAUAACUGUUAGCAUGUUUGGUUUUCUGCAUUUCUUGGAUCAACAGAGAUAUCUGCCUGGAAUUUUCUUAUCAGAAACCUCAUCUUUCAGUGGAAUUAUAUGGACUUAGUCCUCCUAAUUGUUUUGCACAUUCUAUGCCAGUAUGGUUGGUAGUUAUGUUUCCCUUUCCGUCACAUUGUCAUUCUUCAUCCCUAUUCAGUGAUGAUGUUGCUACUCAUUCCAGAUCUGAGCCUUGUUAAUCUAGCAUGCUAAGUCCUGUUCUUAUGUCUUGUACAUAUUCAUACUUUGCUCAUCUCGACCUCAACUGUGAAAUCUGUAAAAGCUUGUUGUAGACAGUUGUCCAUUACUAUUCACUUCAUUUGUUGUUGUAUUAGGCUUGCUGAGGACAAAGCUCCUAGACAAAAGCGGAAAAAUACCGAUGGAGAGUCAUCAGAGCAGACGUAGGGCAAUGAUUCCCAGAUGGUUCUGUUUCUUUAAGGUGCUGAUACCUGUAGAGAGCCAUCACCGGCCUUCUCCCAGUGUAUUUCUUUUACAUUGCUGUAUUAUUAGAUAGUGUUCGUUGUUUUCUAGUUUUCCAGCCUUUGGGUUAGAGCCAAAGGAUAAAAGCUCCUCAAUCAUCCCCUGUAAUUUUCCCCUUAAUCCUACCGUAAGCACCUCCAAGUUGCACUGAUAAACGUGCAAGUUUCAUCAUUAUAUUACAAGUAUAGUAUUUCACCGGUCACAAUGAGUGCGGUACUAACAACAUAUUAAGGAUACGAAGUGUUUAAUAGUAGUAUCUUAUUAUACGUGAG